GAUAUUUAAUAGCAGUGGUUAGGCUGCAUGUUGUGCCGGUUAACAUUGUCAGUUAAGACAGAUCUUUGAGAUAAAUUAAGUAAUUUUGCACAUUAUGUCAUUUGAAAAAAGAAGGUCAGACUGCACAGGUUUACCUUCCGGGUGGAUGAGAGAAGAAGUUGUUCGGAAAUCGGGGUUAUCAGCUGGUAAAACCGAUGUCUAUUAUAUCAGUCCUGAUGGAAGAAAAUUUCGCAGCAAACCACAGUUAGCAAGACACCUUGGGGAUCUCUAUGAUUUAACAGCUUUUGACUUUAGAACAGGAAAAAUUGUCCAUAGUUCGAUUAGGAAAAGUCGUCGAAUGAAAGGUCUGAGGCAUGAUUCUAGUCUUGUGCUUCCUAUUCGCCAAACGGCCUCGAUAUUCAAGCAACCAGUCACUGUCAUCAGAACACAGCCUCAAUCAAAAUCACGCACAGACUUAAAACAUGGACCACAAGAUCCCCCAAAACAGUUAUUCUGGGAGAAGAAUCUCCAAGGCAUUGAUGCUUGUGAUACAUCAGAAAAUAUAUUCAAAACCAUAGAGCUACCUAAAAAUUUACUAGGUGUUGGACCAGAUUUGAGUGAAGAAAAUCUACUCCAAAGUAUAGCAGCAGCACUUCACUUGAGCAAUGAACCUUUACUAGGACAGGGUGCAUCAAAAUCGGCCAUAGACAAAAACCCUGGAGUUAACAUCAACCCUGGGCAACCUCUUAUACAGAAAGUACUCAUCAGUGAUGAAGAUGUGAGGCGACAAGAACACCGAGUGAGAGCAGCAAGGAAAAAACUGCAGGAAGCUCUGGAGUACUGGGGCACAGAUGGACUUUGAAUCCACAGUCCAAACAAUUCAAGGGAAAAGAAACACUGCUGCAUAGGAAAGGAGGGCAAGAAAGUUUCCAAGCUGCUUCAUUUAAUCAAAUACCAGAGUCUGUGACUGUACAAUACACACAAAUGGUCUGACUUAAAAUAAUUUUAAGUGAACAGCAGCUCAAACACAUUAUCAAUGUUGUAUAUAAGGAAUCAAAAAUGCCUCUUCAUAUUCAUUAGCUUUUUUUCCCAGAAAGCAAUUUGUAGAAGUGAGAGACUAUUAACUCACCAUUGAUACUCUUAUGGAAUCAAAGUAAUCUGCUACUUGCUCUUAGAUAAACUUAUUGAGACUGUCAUCUCAGAACAAAGCCGGUUGAGAUAUCAGAAAAACAUCUAAUAUAUUUUAUUAAAAUUUUAAUAGUGUAUAUAAUAAACUAUUCAAGAAAU